CUCCAAAGGGCAAAGGUUACCUUGCUGGUGCUGCGACUGUGAGUGUCAGUUCGAUCCAUUUUUCGUUGUAAUCACCGUUCUAUAUCUUAUCGAUCUCUCUCUCUCUCUGCUUGAACCGACAUAGGAGCAACAUCGAGAACUCUGAGCUACUGUAGUUGAGAAAACUUCGAUUCGUCUCCUGCAUAGCCUUAGGAAUGUUCUGUAGCGGAUGCGUAAAGGGGAUGUGUUGGGGGCGUCAAGCCUUGUAAGUCUAGAGUUGCCAUGAGAUUGUAAUUGAAAUUGCUGGAGAAGAAUGCCUGGCAUACCUCUCGUGACUCGUGAAACUUCCUGUUCCAGAAACGCAGAUCAGAUGUGCCGUGUAGAAUCUCGUGUUCAUCUAUCUGAAGAAGAGGAAAUUGCUGCAGAAGAGAGCCUCUCACUUUACUGCAAGCCAGUUGAACUCUAUAACAUUCUUCAACGGCGUGCUAUUAGAAAUCCAUUGUUUCUUCAAAGAUGUUUAAGUUACAAAAUAGAGACAGAACACAGGAGAAGGAUCCAGAUGACAAUUUCAAUUUCUAGGACUUCGGGUGGGGGUGGGCAGGCACAUAAUCUGUUUCCUGUGUAUGUCAUCUUGGGAAGAUUAGUCUCGGACAUUGCAGUUGCUGAGUUCUCUGGUGUAUAUCGCUUCAAUCGAGCUUGCCUCUUAACUGGCAUCAACAGAGGGGAAUGCAGUUCUCAAGUUGUAGCUAAUUUCAUCCUCCCUGAAAUUAACAAGCUAGCUGUGGAGGCAAAAUCUGGGUCACUUGCUAUAUUAUUUGUUAGCCACAUUGGAUCCACAAAUACUUUGUCCGGAGUAGAUUCAGUUGAUGGGUCUCUAUACAUGGCAUCUGUUCCUGCAGUUGCAGGUUAUUGCUUGUGGGGCAAGAUACCUUUGGAAUCACUUUACAUUUCGUGGCAGAAUUCUUCAAAUUUUGGUCUUGGACAGAGGGCAGAGAUAAUGUCAACUGUUGAUAUGCGCUCUUGUGUCCUUAAGACAAGUUGCUUGGAUGGAGAGAAGUGUCUGGGAUUUCAAAUUCCAUAUAAUUCCGAUUCUAUGCAUACAGCACAGCAAGUACAAGUCACAAUUUCUGCAGAGGAGUUUGGCGCUAGGGAUAAAUCUCCAUACGAUUCAUACACGUACAGUGUAAUACCUUCCUCAUCACUAUCUCAUAUGAUUCGGUUGAGGGCAGGAAAUGUUAUUUUCAAUUAUAGGUACUACAACAAUAGAUUGCAAAAAACUGAAGUAACUGAAGACUUCUCCUGUCCAUUUUGCUUGAUUAAAUGUGCCAGCUUUAAGGGCUUGAGAUGUCACUUGUUAUCAUUACAUGAUCUCUUCAACUUUGAAUUUUGGGUAACUGAGGAGUAUCAAGCUGUAAAUGUUUCCACGAAGGCUGAUGUUUGGCGGUCUGAGAUCGUCGCAGAUGGCAUUGAUCCGAAGCAGCAGACAUUCUUCUUCCGCUCUAGGCAUCUCAGACGCAAAAAAGUUAAGAACGUAGUUCAAAGUGGAAAGCACAUACAUCCUUUUGUUGUAGAGUCUGAAUAUUCGGACAAGGCGGAUGAUGCUCAAUCUAGCCAAGGUGAAAAAGCUCUAAUAUUAGGGCACAAUGUUGCGCCAACUAUGCUUCAAUUUGCCAAGACAAGAAAAUUGUCGAUCGAACGUGCAGACCCAAGACACUGUAACCUCUUGAGGAAGAGACAAUUCUUUCAUUCCCAUAGAGCUCAGCCGAUGGCAUUGGAACAAGUGUUAUCCGAUCGAGAUAGUGAAGAUGAAGUGGAUGAUGAUGUUGCAGAUCUUGAGGAUAGGAGGAUGCUCGAUGAUUUUGUUGAUGUAACCAAGGACGAGAAGCAAAUGAUGCAUAUGUGGAAUUCAUUUGUCAGGAAGCAACGGGUACUUGCAGAUGGCCAUAUCCCCUGGGCUUGUGAGGCGUUUUCACAAUUACAUGGACCAAACCUUGUCAAAACUCCAGCUCUUCUAUGGUGCUGGAGAUUGUUUAUGAUUAAGUUGUGGAACCAUGGUCUACUUGAUGCAAACUCCAUGAACAGUUGUAACAUUAUUCUUGAAAGAAUACAUAGUGAAGCUUCCGAUUCUAAAAGCUGAGAGGAAUCAAAUUUAUUCGUUUCCAUUCUGAAAGUCAAGAUUUUUGGCGGCGGAGGUAAAAGAUUUCUCUAAUUUGUUCACUGCAUUUAUCUUAUAAGUACUCUACAUUGACUGCUUCCCCCCCUUUAUCUAUAAUUGUUUCUCUUUGAUAUAAUGUUGAAGUACUGUAGAAUUUUGAUUUGGGAACUCCCAAAGAAAGGAAUUGAAAUACA